CUUGCAUUCGUAGCCAUUUUGGUUCAAGCCUUAUGUGCUGAAGCUGGAUCUAGCGUCUCAGCACUUGCAUUGGAUCUGCCCACAUACCCCACGUUGCUUCGCGAUGGCCUCUUUGGGGAUCAGACAUCUGCUGUUUGCUGCCGUUUCUGUCUUUUUCGCCUUAAUGCUCGUGGGUUGCGGCGGUGGAGGUGGACACAAGCCCUCGUGCGCUCAGGGCAAUCUGACUUGCAAUGUGUGGGAGAGCUGCGAUGGCGUCUGCAACCAUUUCAACAUCACAGACAAGGCCACGGCACUGACGUGCUUUGGAUGCGUUGGCAAUGAAAGCGUGCAUGAGGCAAAAAAAGAUUGUUUCGGCAACGAGUCCAAGGUCGAGAAAUGCGUAGGGUGCAUCACCUCGACAUCGCUGACGUGUUGGGAGAACCCUCUAAGCAUCGGCGGCUGCAUUCUGGGGCCUUGCCGCGCAGAUGCUGUGAUCAAAGAUCCGCUGGCCUGCCCAGCAUGUUGGAUAAACUAUGUGGAUGGCUGCUUGGGCAAGUAUGCAGGGUGCUUCAACACAACGGUGUCAGCACCAGCACUGGCGCCGACAUGGGAAUCGCUGGAUGAGAUUGAACAUGACAUCACUGUUUAGACUCAGCAGGCGGCAGUACCAAUUUUGUAUCUCUCGCAGUUUGAACAGCAUCCAACGGUGAGGACCGUUGGGGCUGUAGGGUAGGACUGGUCAGAUUCUUUCAGUUUUAGGCCGCGUGCGAUAUUACGCGACGUCUGUUGAACACGCUUACUUGCGCAACGAGUUCUUACAGUAGAAAGGCUGUAUCUUGCACCACAUAGCUUGCACCUCGCAGUUUGCACCACAUAGCUUGCAC